AUGGACCCCAUUGAUCCUAUGGAGACGCCGGCCCAGAAUGGCGACGACUCGUCGCAGCAGCAUCUGUUCGAGGAAGCCCGACGCAGAGUCGAUUCGCAGACCCCGACCCAUGACAGCCCGUCGCGCCAGCUGCUCAUGGAGUUCAGCCGCAUGCUGAUUGACAACGACGCCAAAUUUCACAAGGAGCUCGAUCGCGCCUCUGCCGAGCAGGAGAAGAAGCACCUCGAAGCCUUGGCCGCCGCCGCAGCCGAGCAUGAGCGUGUAAGACAGAGCGCCGAGCGCGUUGCUGAAAAAUUCCGCCUUCAAGUGGAGCAGGAGAGAAGAAGGAGGGAAGAGCACGAACACCGGGAGCUGGACCGGAUACGCCAGGAAAAUACUCGUAUUGAGGCUGAAAGACGGCAGCGCCAACUCGACGAGGUCAAGAGGAAAGAAGAGGAACAGCGGAAAGCGGCUGAAGCAGCGAAAGCUCUUGAGGCAGCUGAGGAGCGUCUUCGGAGGCAAAAGGCUCAAGAGGAAGCCGACGCAGCAAAGAGAAAGGCUGAGCAAGAGGAGCGGCAGCGGAAAGAAAGGGAGGAGUCGGCCGCCGCAGACGCCGCAGCGAAGGCCAGAGCACAACAACAACAAGCUGCUCAAACACAACAAGCACCAGCUGUAGCUGCAGCUGUGACGAGCGGUGCGGCACCAACAACGGCGGCACGUCCAGCACCACCAUUGGCGGCCUCUAAUUCACCAUUGGUGUCCUCAUUCGCAGAGCAUGAGGCGGUUCACAGGGAGUACCUCAAUAUCCACCAGCAGCUAAAGACCUUCCGGACAAACUUCCAGAAUGAGACGAAGAACAACGCUGCCCUGAAGAAAAUUGCGGGCGACCUUCGCCGUGAGAUACGCAUGCGGAUGGGACAACUCACUCUCAAUCCCCGGGAAAACAGGGAUGUGCUUCAACACCUUCGCGCAUGCUUCACUGCAGCGGUCAAUACGCCUUGCUUUACGGUUGACGUCAAGCAAUUCCUCGCUUCUUCCACACAAGCCGAGCUACCACCCGGCCCUUGCAACAUUUCCGCACUCUUAAUCUUUCUUUUCAACCACUUUGCAAAAGCCAUCAUCAACCAGCUCGUCAGUGAAGCAGGCGUCAACAUCAAAGCCGCCGACCCCAUCGGCAUCAUCGCCGUCUCAAUCCUCGGCUUCCCGCAGUACUGCAUCAAUCAAAAGGUCCCGCUCACCGACAUCCUGCUGGCCAAGUACCACAAGUGCUGCGGCGUGCUCUUCGGCAUGUACGGGCCGGAGAACAGCGAGCGCGGCCGCCAGCGGCUCGGCUGGAGGCGCAUUGGCACGAAGUGGUGCUCGGGCCAGGACCAUCUCGAACGCAUGACGGGACUGGGCGCCGGAUGGGCCAGCCUGGCGCUGCGCAAGAUCAAGGUCGGCAGCGCGCUCGUGCACCCGCUGCCCAACGCGCACUACUGGCGCGCCUUCUCGCGGAUCGUCAACACCCCGCCGCACGAGGCAACGGCCACGCACUACAUGGUACUCAAGGCCAUGGUCGAGGGUGACUCGCUCGACCGCUUCGUCCAGUGCUACGGCCAGGCCGCCCUCGCCGCGCUGCGCAAGGGCCUCAUCGAGUUCCCGCAAGGCCAUGACUCCGUGGCGGCGAAAUCCAUGCUGGGUCUGGUCGAGGGUUUCCAGAAGGAGAAGAGACUCACGCUGUAG